UCUUCGACAACCAGGAGAGCUAUUGCCUGGCGCUCCUCCGGGCGCUGUGCAGUCGCUGUUUGAGGUGGGAAUUGCCCAAAAGACGAGAGCUUUGCAGAGGGAACAACACUUGUUCCUCGUGCUUUCCAUUCCUUUUUCCGCUUUUGCACCAUAACCAGAAUUUUAAAUGUUUUUAUGGCUAGAAGCUCCAGCCGUUUCAUUCCAGCAGAUGGGGUUUUAAAACAAAUAUGGUGAAAUCCCAAGCACAAGACAGCUGCUCUCCCAAGCCCUCCCUAGUUUCCCAGGAACUGCUUUGGCCACCAUUGUGAAGCGCUCCUGUCUGUCUGCAGUGGGCACGUUGCUGGUGGGAAGUCCCAUUCAUCAACAAAAAGAGAAACCAGGAUCCUAUCAAUGCCCAGAGGGAGAUGAAACCAGAAGCCACAUGAAUGAAGCAGACAAAAAAAAGAAGGGCAACUGUGGUUUCAGGGGGGUGACAGUAAUGUUAUGUGACCCUGCCAUAGCAAACAGUCUCCAGGUGAUGUCACAGACCUGCAGGGAUGAUGUAAGGGCAUUGCUUAGCAGCUGGAGACAACAGAAGAGGGCAAGUUGUGUCCUGGGAACCUCCAAACCUAAGGAAAGAAACCUCCAGGGCAGAACUGUUUGAUUUCCAUCCUACUGUGGCUGUGAGUCAUGGCACAGCAGUAACACCCAGGGGGGAUAAUUCCUCUGUGACUGUCCCUUGUAUUUCUUCUUUGGGACCAGCCUGGAAACCUGCUUUCAGAGCUACUUGGCUUUGUUCAGCAUGUGUCUUCAUCUCCAACUUCUUUGCCUUGUGGUUGCUACCUUCUUCUAUGAGGUUGCCAUUGCAGAAGCCUUUGGGCUCGUGGCUUACAACGGCAGCUCCGAAUGCAUUGUGUAUAAGGCCCUGCCCGCGUGCUUCGGGCCGCAGCUGCCGGCAGAAGGGCUGGUGGGGUAUCUGAUGCGGGCAGUGCCGCCCAGCGCCUGCCAUACGAUACAGAACCCCCCAGCACCAAGGAAGGCCUCUGAGAAAUACAUUGUGCUCAUCCAGGGGUGCGACUGCCCUUAUGCUGAGAAGGUCCUCCGUGCCCAGCAGGCCGGGUACCAGGCUGCAGUUGUGUACAACGUGGAUUCAGAGGAGCUGAUGUCCAUGAUGUCUGAUGACAAAGAAAUUCAGCAGCAGAUUGAAAUACCAUCACUCUUCACUGGAGAAUCUGUCUCCCUUCACUUGCAAAAGACUUUACAAUGUGAGAAAGGGGCAUACGUCAGACUUAUACCACCCAAAUACGAUCUAUGCCUCUAUCAAAACAGUGAUAAAAUGCUGCAGAGCACUCGCAUCUUGUGGAAGUUCAGGGACAUGCUCUACAUCAUGAUUGCCACGAUCUCAGCUAUGGUUGGCAUAAGUUGGUGCAGGAAUGCACACAAGAUCAAGCUGUACACAUACAAGCAGGGAGACCAAUAUGAGACCUGUGUGAUCUGCAUGUCUGAGUACAAGGAAGGGGAUCUCCUGAAGAUCCUGCCCUGUUCCCACACCUACCACCACCUCUGCAUUGACACCUGGUUUGACACCCAGAGUGGGAAGAAGACCUGUCCCUUCUGCAAACAGCAGGUGAACCUCCGCAGGCAAGCAGACCUCCUGCUGCAGCAGGGGAGUGAGGAUGGGGCUGAAGAGGAGACUGAGGAGGAGCAGGGUCAUGAUGACACAUUCAGAGAUGAUUAUGAAGAUGAGUGUGUAGAAGGGGAGGGAGAUAAUGAAAGCAUAAUGGCACGAGAAGGCUUUGAUUCACUGUAUGACAUCACCACCUGAGCUGUGAGUGGGAUAAGUUAUCAUUAAACCAAGGGAAGUUUUCCUGUGCUUUCCCUAA